GAGUUUUUUUUUUUUUUCUCAGUGCAAAAAGGGGACAGAGCUGAGGUUUGGUAAGUUCUGCACUCUGGAUGCUGGAGUUCUUUCAGAUCAUUCAUCAGGAUCUGCUCAGCAAGGACCCUGUGCUUUACCUCGGUGCCCAAAGAGAAAGCUCCUAAUUCCUGAGGUUGAGAAAAAGUGGAGGAAUUUGAGAGCCGAUUACGGAUUUAAAUAUGGUGCAGUGACAAAACCAGGUUUUUCUUGCGGCGCUCAUUUAAAUAACUUAUAUGGGGAUUUUGGAUGGAACUGAGCUAGUUUCUUUUUGUGCUGCACAUUAUAAAGCAGCAGUUUUUUUGGGGGAACUCAUCUUUAGAAAGCAAAGUGUGAUCAAGCAGAAGGAUGGCAUUUGCAGACCUCCUCGAACAGGUGGGCAGCACGGGUCGCUUCCAGGUUCUGCAUGUGACCCUCCUCUGCAUCCCUGUCCUGCUGAUGGCUAGUCACAACCUGCUGCAAAACUUUGUGGCCAUGGUGCCACCUCAUUACUGCAGCGCACAUUCCAACCUGUCUGAGUCCCAGCUGAGCCCAGCGGAGAUUCGGCUGAUCACAGUACCACUGAGUGAAGCGGGGAAACCGCAGAGAUGCCAGCGAUAUGUUGCUCCACAGUGGCACCUCCUGGAUAAGAAUGGGACCUCCACCUCACAGGAGGAUGACGAUGUGGUCCUGCAGGGAUGUGCCGAUGGAUGGUCCUAUAACAUGACGGAGAUGACCACUACCAUUAUAUCCGAAUGGCAUUUGGUGUGUGACCAGCAUUCCUUAAAGCAAAUGGGACAAACCAUUUAUAUGGGAGGAGUGCUCGUGGGGGCUCUGAUCUUUGGAAGCCUUUCAGACAGAUAUGGCCGACGCAUCCUCCUGAUGAUCUCACACCUGCUCAUGGCGGUCGCGGGAACGUGUGUUGCUUUCUCCCCCUCCUUCUCCCUCUACUGUCUGUUCCGGUUCGGCUGCGGCAUGGCUUUGUCCGGCCUGGGACUCAACACCUUCUCACUCAUUGUGGAGUGGAUCCCGACCCGCGUGCGAACAUUCACAGGGACGGCAACAGGCUACUGUUACACGGUGGGACAGCUGCUCCUAGCAGCCAUUGCCUACUUCAUCACGGACUGGAGGUGGUUAACCCUGGCCGUGUCAUUGCCCUUCUAUGUCUUCUUCCUUAUCUCGUGGUGGUUUCACGAAUCCUCGAGAUGGUUGGCAAUAAACAAUAAGCCUGAACAGGCUGUCAAGACUCUUAAAAGUGUAGCCAGGUUUAAUGGCCGCCAUGAAGAAGGGGAAAAGAUUGAUGUGAAAAUGCUGCAGGAGUCUAUGAAAAAAGAAAUGUCGUGCUCCCAGGGGACCUAUUCUUCCCUCGAUCUGUUCCGCACCCCUAAAAUGCGCAUGAUGACGCUGUGCCUCAGUGCCACCUGGUUAUCAACCAGCUUUGCGUACUAUGGCCUUGCUAUGGAUCUCCAGAAAUUUGGGGUGAACAUCUACUUGAUCCAAGUAAUCUUUGGAGCGGUCGACAUCCCGGCUAAAGUCGUUGUUACCGUGUGUAUGAGUUUCAUUGGACGCCGGCCAUCCCAAAGCGGCGCUCUCAUCAUUGCUGGAGUCACCAUUCUUGUCAACAUACUAGUACCUUAUGAUAAACAGACCGUACGGACCUGUUUGGCAGUGCUGGGCAAAGGCUGUCUGGCUGCAUCCUUCAACUGCUGCUACCUUUACUCUGGAGAACUUUACCCAACCAUCAUCCGUCAAAGUGGCAUGGGUUGGGUGUCCAUGAUGGCACGUGUGGGAGCUAUGGUGGCCCCAAUGGUCCAGCUCACAGGAGACUACAUACCGUGGCUACCAGGUUUGAUCUAUGGAGGAGCUCCAAUUCUCUCCGGGGUUGCUGCAGUUUUUCUUCCAGAGACUCUGGGCACACAGCUCCCUGACACAGUACAGGAUGUGGAGGACAGGGGUUCUGUAAAAAGCUCCAAGGUUCAGGUGUCCACAAAGGAAGCGAUGAUCUUGCAGGACACGAAGGCGGAUCUCCUCAAACAGGCUGCUUGAAUUCUCCGCAGGCAAACCCGAUGACUCUGCUGACACUUUAAAAUGAAAAUGAAGUUUGUACUGUCUUUUUUUUCCUCACCUGUACAUUUGAUUCUCACCGUUUAUUUUAUGUUGUUUUAGCUCGGAAAACGGAGAAGAAAUGUUAUCUUUUAAAAGGUUGGUAAAACAAUCUAAAGGCAGCAGAAAAUCAAACAGGAAUGUUGGUUAAACAGUAGCUAUGAGGAAAAUAGGCUUUCUUUUUAGCAAUUAUGUUUUAUAACUCACUUUUAUGUGUAUAAGUAAUACUUUAUUCAUAGCGUUAGGAUGCUGACUCUACUUUCAUUGGUGCCUUUAUAAAUUUGUAUUACUUUGUAUGUGCCACUUGUAUUUUUCAUUAAAAUUAACACAUAUUUCACUUCCGA